AUGGCAAAAGCAAAUUUCGAAGAGACACAAUUCUCAGGGAACCCAGCAGGAGCAAAAGCAAUAGCUAUUAUUUUUGUCAUUGGAAUUUUAUGUCAUGGUAUCAUUUUUGUCUGGAGGAAAUCAUGGUAUUUCCUAUGGUUUAUCAUUGGUUUGAUCUUAGAAAUUGUUGGUUAUAUACAGAUAUCAAAUGGUACAAUUCAAUCUGUUUGCAUUAUUAUUGCGCCAUUAUUUUUAGCAGCUACUUUUUAUAUGUCAAUGAAUAAAGUUUUAAAAGCUUAUGGUACUCAAGAUCUCAAUCCUAUUAAAGCUUUUUCAGUAAUAUUUGUUAUUGGGGAUUUUGUUUCUUUGGGUUUACAAAUUGCCGGGAUUGUUAUUCAAUUUGUUGUUAAUUUACAAACUGGUAGAAUCAUGGUUAUUAUUAGUUUUGUUAUCCAGAUUUUAUUGUUUAUUUCAUUUUUCACUACAACCAUUAUUGUUCACAAAAGAAUGAAUUAUGAAAAGAUUGAGAAUUAUCCUGAUACAAAUCGUUAUUGGAGAGGUUAUUUUUACACAAUGUACGUUGUUUCAAUAAUGUUUAUGAUUAGAAAUUUAUUCAGAUUAGUUGAAUAUGCUGAAGGUUUUGGAUAUAUAUUUUUUCAUGUUAUUUUUACACUUGUGUUUGAUGGUAUCCCAAUGUUAGUUGUUACAAUGGCCCUAUUAAUCUGUCAUCCGUCAUUUUAUUCAAUCAAACGUUCGAUCUUCCACAAACAGAGAGACAAGCAGAGCGAACUACUUUCCAAGCAAUUGAAGCAAGACAGAGAGACAAAAAUCAAAGCUCGCUAUACCUCAGGUACUGAUCGUGUCACUAGAAAUGUCUUCAAUUCAGAUCAUGAAAGUGUUUAG